AUGGCCUCGAAGGACGCUCCCGCUCGCACUGUAGAAAAGAAUACUGUUAAAAAUGUAUCAGGUUCGACCGCCGGUGCUGGAAGCGGCGAUUUUCACCAAUACAGAAGCAUGAGACGACACGAACUGUUUCGGCUCGAGCAGCUUGAAAAGGAGGCGGCCAAGAGAGAACAAGAGGAAGAGUUCCAACGGAAGCGCGAGGAGAACCUGAGGAAGGCCGAAGAGAAAACGGCCAAGAACAGGAAGAAGCGGGAGAAGCUAAAGGAGAAGGCCAAGAAGAAGGCCAGGGUGCAGAAGCAGAAGGAGAAGGAGCAAGAACAGGGAAACCCUGCGGCCGGAGCCAACGGCAAGAAGAACACAGAGACCGCCCCGGCGAGCAAGGAACAGCAGGCGGCGCACCAACAAAGCGACGAGAAGCUGCCAAGCACCACGACGCCGACACCCACACUCACAGACAAGCCCACCGCGCCAGAAGGACAAACGCAAUAA